UCAAAAUGGCGGCUAGUUUGUAAAGGUAAAUACCUUCGUAUUUUUGGCUGUUUUGCCAAAAUAUAUCGUAAUGUUUGCUCUGUAGCUACGAUGGUGCACGAACAAGCCAUCAAUAAUGGAAUGCACACCAAAAUGUCGCCUUACCAAGCACGCCGAUCUGGUGCUAUCCGCGAUUACGAAGGAAGAUGCUGCAACGAUUCGAGCGAUCUUGCCCCGAAUCUGCUCGAACUUUGCGCGCGUGUCGGAUCAGUUUGGUCGGAAUGCCUUACACGUGGCAGCAUCUUGCGGCAAAGGCGACAUUUUGGAGUGGCUGGUGAAAGAUCAAGGUCUUGACGUGGGAUCGAAAGAUCUGGAGUCCGGCUGGACCGCUCUGCACAGAAGCUUGUUCUAUGGAUUUCUUGACUCAGCUGUCAAGUUGAUUCAGCUUGGCUCAGAUCUGGGUUGGUAUGACCAGGAAGGCCUCACUCCAUGGGAUCUCAUUCGCUUGGAUGCACCAUUCCAAAUUGUAAAAGGAGUUCAAGCUCAAGUUUUUUCACCGUAUGAAUCCUCUCUGGAAGAUGAACUUCAGUUACAAGUUGGGGAUAUCAUAAGGGACAUUCACAUAAAUGAUGGCAGUUACUGGACUGGUCAUUUAAAUGGAAGACGAGGGCAUUUUCCAAAGGAUCAUGUCAAGCUUUUGUCUGAAGCCUAUCAAAUGGAGUUAUUUACCUGGGGAUCCAACACAAACUUCACCCUUGGUCACAGAGAUGAGAGCACAAGACAUACACCUGAAAUUGUUGAAAAUGUCCAAGGAGACACAAAAAUUUCUUUCAAAGAGGUUGUCAUGUGUAAGUUUCACUCUGUGUUCCUGAGCAUGGAUGGCAGAGUCUUCACCUGUGGUCACGGCAGAGGAGGUAGACUGGGGCAUGGUAAUGAAGGGACUCAUCUGGUGGUAAAAGAGAUAAAAGCUUUACAGGGAAUCAAGUGUGUGUCAAUUGCUGCUGGCCAGGAUCAUACAGUGGUAGUCACAGAUGACCACUCAGUUUACACAUUUGGUCUAAAUGAUUCUCAUCAGCUUGGACAUGGACAGUCACCUCUGCCAAAACAGUGCCUUUUACCAAAAAUGGUACACCUGAAGGUGUGGAGGGGCAAAGAUAUUGUUGGGGCUGCAGCAGGGCGAUAUCACUCAGUUUUCUUCACUAAACAUGAAGUUUACUCCUGUGGCCUUAAUGCUGGGCAACUGGGCCAUCAAAAAGGAGAAGAAUACCAAACACUUCCUCGUCAGGUUAGUGGAUUGGCUGAUAAAGAUGUCACCAUCAAUAAAGUGACCUGUAGUGAUGGAGCUACAGUAUGUGCAACUGACAAGGGAGAUAUCUUCCUUUUAAACCUGUACAUUUGUCGCAAGAUAAUAUCUAGGUUCACUGACUUGGUUCAUAUGGCUGUGGUUGGAGGUGAGCUUGAUAUGAUAUCUCCACAAGAAGUCAGCAAAAAGUUUGCUGAUGAACUUGCUGUGACAUUGCUGAACUCUAGAGGGAAGGUGUUCCAGUGGAAGCCCAAGUUUACUGGCAGUUGCUUGAGAGAAUGUUCUUGGCAUCAUAACCGACAAAUCACAGUUAGGGAUUUUGCUAUUGGCAAACAGCUUUUUAUUGUGUCUGAUGAUGGUGAAGCUUUUAUUUGCCAACCUAGUGGAGCGAAACCCAUUCUACUGAAAACGAGCACUCACAAAAUAUGCCGUUCACCUCCAAAUUCGUCUGAAUUCAGCACUGGAAACACAAUUGCACAAUCGCCCCCAAUGUCCUCCCCCCUCAUCAACAUGAUUUUGAAAGAAAAAGAUGAAAAACUGUCACACUCAUUUCCCAGUACCACUUCCUUGGGUUGUUUAGCUGAAGAAAAAGCAAAGAAAGAUAUCUUUGUGGAAUACAACCUUGAGAGGAUUCCAUUGAUUCAUCAUGGACAGCAAAUCUUCACAGACAGCAAGUCAAGAGGGUGUGCUGUGCUUCAAGUUUCUUCAAGGGAGGGAUUGCAGAAACUACCUGAAGUGAGUCCAGAGCAAGUUCCUGAACAGAUGAUUCAACUUCUUGAAGAAGCAACUUGUGAAGAUGAUAUUCAUGAUGUUGAAUUUAUGGUAAAAGGACAAAGAGUUCCAGUGCAUGGAUUUGUGUUAGCAUCACGAAGUCUCAGGUGCCACCAACUGAUAUGUGAAAACAAAGAAAACCACCCACAAGCUAGUGACAAAUUGACACAAACCAUAGCACUCCAUGAAGGUGUUGCCUAUGACAGGGUUGUCAGCUGGCUGAAAAAACUCUAUGGUGGAUUUGAUAUUGGUGACAAAGAAAUAUUUCAACUUGAAGUCUCUGUGACUAAAGGCAAAAACGGUUUCAGUGGUAUUUCCAAAACCAUGCAUGAAGAGAAAGUUUCAGGGAAAAAGGAGAAAAAAGAAGCAAAAGGCAAGAGAGGUGAAGUGGAAAAACAUGGUGGAAAGAGCUUUAUUGACAAUAAUUUAUUGUCAGAUUUGGCUUUCCUUUCAACCAGAGACUUAGAUGAUUUUUCUGCACCUGGUGUUGAUUUGGAUGAUAUGUUAUUCAAUUCUUGUGAAUCUUUGGAAAGAAGUGUUCAGAAUUCUGAUGUAGCAGGAAAGAAACCUGAGAAGACCUAUCAACUGAUCACCACAAGGAAAGGAAUCAAGGGCAAUAUUUCCAGAUCGUGCAACACAUCGCUGAUGUUCUCAAGAUUAAAUUGCCCAGAGCUUCAUGAUGUUACACUUGUAUCAGAGGAAGGAACAGAACUUAGGUGUCACAAAUGUAUACUUGUGGCUCGUCUUGAGUACUUUCGCAGCAUGUUGACAUCGAGCUGGAGGGAGUCCAGUGGACAAUCCCGAACCCUCAAGAUGCCUUUCCCAGCGUUAAUUCUGGAGAUUGUUUUGGAUUUCCUGUACUCAGGGCGAGCAGGAAGAUUAACAGAUAUUACAGAUCUGGAGUUAUUGGGAAACAUUCUCAUUGUAGCAGAUCAGUUGCUGAUCUGGCGUCUGAGAGAGAUGUGCGAGGCUGUCAUAGCAAAUCUUGUGACUUUAAGGAACGUUUCUGAAGUGUUGGAAUUCUCGAUUCUCUACAACGCUAACCAGCUUCGAGAUGUUUGCUCAGAGUACAUUUGCAAUAAUUUGGGAAGUUUGAUGGAAUCCAGAGCUCUGGAUUGUCUCAGUGAUGAAGCACUUGUAGUGAUCUCUAAAGUCUAUCGCAAUAUGGUUCCAGGAAUGGCUUGGCGCAUUAUAACACCGCUAGACCUUCACUGUUCUUUUCUUCUUGAUACUGGCUCUGAGCCAAAAUGUAGUCCUGGAAAGCGAAGAAGAAGCAGUGGACGCAAGAAGUCAUCUAGGAGUGAAAGCGAACAAGAUGCGGUUGUUCAUUCUGAGACUGCACAAGAAGGAAGCGAAGCUGAGAAUGUUUACAGAGUAAAUGUCCCGGAAUUGGAAGAGGUGUUCGCACAACAAAAUGGUGGCGAAUACAAGACUGAUACAGAAGGUAAAAAUGGCGAGGGUGAUGCUUGUUUGGAUCUUCCGAAAGCAGAUGAAGAGGAAACAUCAUUGGAGCGAGAGCCGGUGGAUGUUGGAAUGUGGUAUCGUAAACUCUCACCGGAUGCUACCAAGACACCAAAGAAGAAAAGCCGUGACAGAAAGAAACCUGGUGGAAAAUCCGCAGAUGAUUCAGACGGUAAACCAACAACUCAGAAGGACGAGGUUGCUGCAAAGAAGGCUCUAUCACUAGAAAAACCGGCAUGGAGUAAUCAGAGCGCAUGCAGUCCCCCCGCAUCUAGCCUUAAAGAUAUCAUGGAACAGGAACAGAAGAAGAAAUCUUCCGAUGUUCGCAGUGCAAGCGAGGUACUGAUAUCACCAUCAAAAGGGAAAAGUCCACAGUCCCCAUCGACUCGGUGGAAUUCUUCCGGGCGACAAUCACAGAAGCAGAGGAAGAGAUUAAAAUCUAACUCCAUAGACGAUCAAAAUGACCAAGUGACUGCGAGCAGUAAAAAGGAAGAAAAAGAAGUAGAGAGACCUCCAGCAUGGGGUGGGGUGAUCAAGGAUCCUUUGCCAGUCCAGUCCUUAAAGGAUCUUAUGCAGGAAGAAGAAAAGAAGAAAAACUUUCAAGACCCUACACCUUCACAAAAAAUACCAAUCGUACCAGGAAAGCCUGGAUCUACAAGGAAAAAGCUAAAUUGGCGCCGGCAGCCUGGGUUUUACACGAACGGUUCAGAACCUAAUGGGGAAGACGCUGUUCAUUUAGCUUCAGGACAGGAUUCGAACGUCCCACUGUCUCCACCUAAAAGUGCCUGGCAGUCAAAUCCUAUCGCAAGUUCUCCGCCAUUUACUUCAAUCGCUUUCUCUACAAUCCUCGAAUGUGAGGAAAAGGAGAACACAAAUCUAAACAGAUUUAACAAGAAGCCAUUUCACUUGACACAGCUUGAAGAGAGAGCCAUGGAAGAACUGCUGCAGUAUUAUGGUGGCAAGGACAAUGCCUGUGAGUUUGUGACCGUUGAGAGAAUUCCAUCGACUGCAGCGAAGCCUAUAUGGAGAAAGGAGAGAUCGCCAUCGGCCACAAGCAGUUAACGCUUGAUACAUAGCUACUGGAUGAUCGCGUUAGAGAUGAUGAAACACAAGCCUUCGAUGAAGAGAGAAUUUGAUUGUGUGUAGUCUCGAUAGAAGUAGAAACACGUGUGUUCUUUUCUAAGAAUAUCUGAUUACGAAGACGUAACAAAACUGUUAAUCAAAGCGUUAAAGAAAGGUACGUAACGCGUGACAAUAGCGUGACUUAAUAAAUGGGCGUCAGCUACUGUGUAUCACCUUAACAUCCAAGAAGUUUUUGUCAGGGGAGAUGGAUUUCUCCUUUCCUUGCGAGGAAGAGAUUUCUAGAGUUAGGCUGAAUGGCCAAAUCUGAUUUGAAUCUUUUCUCGCUGACUUUUAUGUAGCGACAGAGAAAAUUGUUGAAAGCGGUGAUCGUCUUCCUUGUAUCAGAAAAAGAAAAAACAUUUACAGAAGCUUUUAUAGCUAAACAUACCCAAAGAUUUGUCUAAUAUAAAAACAGUACAUU